GCACGUGGAGAUGCGGGGUGCCCCCACCAUCACCCCUCUGCUCUUCCCGCAGCGCUCCGACCCACGCCUGCUCUCCCAGUUCUUCUUUGCCGACGAGAGAGUGACACGGGUGGUGGCCGAGAUCAAUGGGCUGGAUGCCGAACUAGAUCCGCAGCAGUACCUGGUGCUCCUCAACCAGCUCCACUUCAGCCAGGCUCACCUGCUGGCCGUCCUGGAGCGGAUCAUGGAGGAGUGCAUCCCCACGCAGCGGCACAGCCGUGACUACCUGGUCAAGUUCCCCGAGGAGCUCUUGGUGGACAACUUGGGGAACCACAUGCUGUUUGCUGCCGAGUGUCUCCUGGCUGGGACCUUCCUGGAGUUGGAGGAGUCGGAUGGGGCACAGCUGCGGCCCCAGGCCAGGAAUCUGCUGUGCAGCCUGGAGCUGGUGCGGACAGUGCUGCGGGAGCAAAGCCUGAGCCAACCCAACUCCUACCCAGAGCCUGUCCGAGCUGUGCUCAUCCAAUUCGACCGGCUGUUUGCAGAGUUUGAGCUGAGCUACGUGUCCUCGCUGGUGGCAGUGAAGUCUCCUGAUGAGAUCUACAGGCAGCAGGAGAUCAUUGUGCUCUUCUGUGAGACAGUGGAGAGAGCCCUGCACCUGGGCUACCUGACUCAGGAGAUGAUUGAUGGCUAUGAACCACUGCUGAUGUUCACCAUCCCUCGCCUGGCCAUUAUCAGUGGUCUCCUCAUCUACCCCGAGGGUCCCCUCAGCCUAGACCGGAGACCUGAGGAGAUGUCCCGGGUCUUCAGCCCCUUCUACAACCUCCUAAAGAAGAUCAGGGACCUGUUGUGGGUGCUGUCAGCAGAGGAGCUCUGCCUGCUGGAGAGGAGCCUGUGCACAGCUGAACAGGAGGAUCCCUGCAGUCCAGAUGCCCCCCUAACUUGGGGGGCAGCUGUGCCCAGCGGGGACCCCCCUGCUCCCUUCAGUCUUCUGGAGGUCCCUAAUGCCACCCAACCACCUUCCACCUGCAUGACGCGACUGGGACCCCCCAGUGCAGUGGAUGACGUGGGCACCGACUGGCAGCAGGGGCAUGUGGUGGGCAGGGAACAGGGCCAAGAUGGCAAAUCCCCGUCCAGUGGGACAGGGAUAUCUCGUACCAUCCCUGGCGUAAUGGUCACCUCCCCACUGCGCAGCCCCCAGCCCCUUGGGAGCAGCCCAGGAAUGGGGGUCCAUGCCACCCCAAAUGCCCGCUGCUUGGAGCUGCGCUCCCGCUACAGCAGCACCAAGGAUAUGCUGCACACCCUCUUCGUCUGCAUCUCGGGGGUGGCUGAUCAGCUCCAGACCAACUUUGCCAGUGAUAUGCGAAGCAUCUUGAAAACGGUCUUCAAGAUUGUGUGCUCACAGGCGGAGUCCUCAGAGGAGCAGAGUGGCAGCAAAGAGAAAGAUGGUGACUCCUGUGUGACACAUGCUCCUGGCAUCUCUGACUGCCCACUGUGCUCCAGCACUGCAGAGGCUGCCCGGCUCCGGAGGGCAGGUGCCCGCCACCUGCCCGAGUGGGUGCCGGACAGCACAUGCAGCCAGUGCUCUGCCUGCUGCUCGCCCUUCACCCUGCUACGCCGCCGGCACCACUGCCGCAGCUGUGGGAAGAUCUUCUGUGCCCGCUGCUCACCGAACACCGCAGUGCUGCCCCACUAUGGCCACACCAAACCUGUACGUGUCUGCACCCACUGCUACACCACACAUCUCCCGCCCACAUCCCGCUGUGCCCGGAGCCAGUGA